AUGAAAAAAAAACUUGAUUCAUAAAUCUAAGCUCUUGUUCAAUCUGGCAUCAAUGAACACAUUCGUUCAAUAUUUGUGAUGAUUGGAGAUAGAAGCAAAUAUUAGGUUGCAACAAUGCAUCAAUUGUUAAGCAAACUAAGUAUGAUUUAAAAGCCAAAAGUAUUGUGGUGCUACAAGAAAGAUUUGGGAUUCACAACUCACAAGAAGAAGCGAGAAACCGAAAUUAAGAACCAACAAAUGAAGGAAGAGACCCAAUUAAAUGAGCCUUUCAAUCUAUUUCUUUCAUCCAAUGAAAUUAGAUACUGUUAUUAUGCUGAAACUCAAAAGGUUUUGGGAAAUACAUAUAACAUGUUAAUUUUAUAAGAUUUUGAAGCCUUAACCCCAAACAUACUAUGCAGAACAGUUGAAACCAUUGCUGGUGGUGGAAUCAUCCUUUUUCUCAUUAAGACUAUGUCAUCCCUUAAACAGUUGUAUUCUCUGACUAUGGACAUUCAUUCCAGAUUGAGAACUCCAAGUUUCAAAGAAGUCUAGCCUAGAUUCAACGAGAGAUUCAUCAUAAGUUUGAGUAGAUGCUAGAGAUGUCUCUUUGUAGAUGAUGAAUUAAAUCUAUUGCCAGUCUCCUCGACUGCCUUGGAAAAAAUUGAACAGGGAACUCCUAUCAAUAGCAAUCAAGUUGCUGACUUUGCCUAAACUGUUCCUAAUGAAAUUGCUUAAAAAUUGAUCAAAAAUUGCAAAACAUUAGACUAGGCCAAGAUUAUCUUAGGACUCAUAGAUUCUUUGUAAGAAAAGGUCUUCAGAUACACCAUAUCCAUAAGUGCAGCCAGAGGAAGAGGAAAAUCAGCUGCAAUUGGUAUGGCUGCUGCAGCUGCUCUCAAAUUAGGAUUUAGCAAUAUCUUUGUUACUGCACCAUCUCCGGAAAAUUUAGUAACUUUCUUUGAAUUUCUAAUUUCGAGUUUGGAGACCUUAGAUUUUAGAUAGAAUCAACACUUUGAUGUUAUUUAGUCUACAAAUCCUGAUUUUAAUAAUGCAGUCAUCAGAGUGAAUGCCUACAAAACACAUAGACAAUUUGUUUAAUAUAUCCAACCUUAAGACUUUGUAAAGGUGGCUAACAAUGCUGAUUUGGUAUUUUGUGACGAAGCAGCUGCAAUUCCAAUUUAAUUUGUUAAGUCUAUGUUUGGAAGUCACACUUUAGUGCUUUCUAGUACUAUCAAUGGAUAUGAGGGAACAGGUCGAUCCCUCUCUCUAAAAUUGCUAUAAAAGCUAAGGGAAACCAAACAGACAGGUUAAGCACGAUUAUUAAAAGAAUUAUAAAUGAAUGACCCUAUUAGGUAUAGCAAUAAAGAUAUUGUGGAGAAAUGGCUUUAUGAAUUAUUGUUAUUAGAUGCUAGCGAUGCACCUAAAUUAUAAAAAGGAUUACCUCAUCCCAAUGAUUGCGAAUUGUAUUUGUGCAAUAGAGAUACUCUAUUUUCCUCGUAGAAAACAAGUGAGAAGUUCCUAUUCAAUUUAAUGUCCUUGUUUAUAUCAUCGCAUUAUAAGAACUCCCCUAAUGAUUUAUAAUUAUUGUCAGAUGCACCAGCUCAUGCAGUGUUUGUUCUUUUGGGUCCAUUACCCACUGAUAAGACCAUGCCAGACAUCUUGUGUGCAGUACAAGUAUGUUUCGAAGGUGCAAUUCCAAAGGAUUUAGUUGAUUAAGUCACAAAUCAAUAGAAACCAUCAGGAGAUUUAAUUCCUUGGACUCUAAGUAAGUAUUAUUUGGAUAAUCAAUUCCCUUAAUAUUCAGGAGUGAGAGUGAUUAGAAUUGCAACUCAUCCAAAUGCAUAAAAAAUGGGUUAUGGAAGCAAGGCAAUGGAAUUAUUGAAUAGAUUUUGUAAGGGUGAAAUCUUAGAUCCCUCUGCUCAAUUAAUACACAUAGACUUCAGAGAAUAAGCUACUGCAGAAGAUGAAAAGGAUUAAUUGAUUCAACCUAAGAAAAAGUUACCACCUCUUUUAAAAAAGUUAAGUGAAGUAUAUCCACCUUAAAUUGAUUACUUGGGAGUUUCAUUUGGAUUAACUUAAGAGCUUUAUAAAUUUUGGAGUAAGAAUCAAUUCAGUCCCGCUUAUUUGAGUUUGAGAAAGAACGAUACAACAGGGGAAUAUACUUGUAUAGUGUUGAGACCAGUGAAGGAUGAGGGAUCUGGGAUAGACAAUUUAUGCAAGGCUUUCAGUAACGAUUUCAGAAAUAGGUUCAUUAAUUUAUUAGGAUAUGAUUUCAAGGAUUUGGAACCAUAUCUUUGUAUUGACAUCUUGAAGGCUAAUGUUACAACAGCUAAUGUUGAUGAAGACAUUGAGAUUGCGAAAGAUGACAAUAUCAUCACAAAGGAAGAACUGAGAUAAUAAUUAAGUUUGAGUGAUUAUGCUAGAUUAGAAAACUAUUGUAAGAGUAUGGCAGACUUUUAUUUAAUCUUAGAUAUCUUGCCAUCAAUUUGCAAAAUUUUCUUUGCUUAAAAGUGUGGUAAAGCUAUUAGAAUGAGCAGAACACAAGCAGCCUUAUUGUUAGGAAUGGGAUUGCAAUAUAAGAACAUCGAAUUGGCAAGUGAGUAAGUAGACAAUGCAGUGAAUCAAUCAUUACCUCUUUUCAAUAAAGCUAUGAGGAAGAUGAGAAACUUCAUCAAGAUGGUUUUGGAUGAUGAAUAACACUAAAGGACUAAACCUAAAUAAUAACAACAGUAGCCAUCAAAAUAAUCAGUUAUCCAAUAAAAAAGAGGAAAAGUCAACUAUCAAAUAGAUGGAUAAAUUGAUCAAGAAGAAAUUUAAUAGAGUCUUCAGACAGGCGAUGUCGUAACAUUGGGAAGAUCUAAAGAUUAAGCUUAUAUUAAUUAUAAAAAGAAAGUAAAACUAGGAUGA